AUGGAGCCCGUGUUUGACCUGGACAGCAACAGCUGCGACAUGUUCGCGCACUCUGACGCCGAGGAGGUGCGCGCGGAGCCCGAGCAGAAGAAGCGGCGGCGGGGGCGUGCACGCUGUGACACGCAGGUGCACGUGGUGAAGAAAACCCGCAGACUGAAGGCCAACGACCGCGAGCGCAACCGCAUGCACAACCUGAACGACGCGCUGGACGCGCUGCGCCGCGUGCUGCCCGCGUUUCCGGAUGAGACCAAACUCACCAAGAUCGAGACGCUGCGCUUCGCGCACAACUACAUCUGGGCCUUGUCCGAGACCAUCCGCAUCGCAGACCUGCACCAGGGCGGCCCCCAGCAGCCCCCCAGCCCGGCCUGGAGCUCCGGCUCCUCCGUCUCCUCCGCCUCCAGCUCCCCGUCCUACUGCUCCAGCCCCGGCAGCAGCCCCGCGCACGACGAAUACAGCCUGGCGAGCUUCAGCUUCGCCUCGGCCUCCUGCAGCGGGUUCACUCAGACUGACAGCCCGCUGUUCCGGAGCAGUGACAGCGGCUCUGCUCACACAGACCCCGGGACAAGCGCGUGCUCCCGGCCUCAGAGACCGUCCGCCCCGCGCUGUUCAGUUCAUUACAGGAGUAACUGUAGUACUAGUAGUAGUAGUAGCAGUAGCAGUAGCAGUAGUAGUAGUAGUAGUAGCAGUAGACUGGACCAGAGACUGGACCAGAGACUGGACCGAGAAUGGAGACUGGACCAGACCAAGACCAGAGAUUGGACCAAGCCCAAAAACUGGACCAAGACCGGAGACUGGAUUAGACCAAGACCAGAGACUGGACCAAGAUCAGAGAUUGGACCAAGACCAGAGACUGGACUGAGACUGGAAGCUGGACCAAAUCCGGAGACCCGAUCAGACCAAGACGGGAGACUGGACAAAGACCAGAAACUGGACCAAGAUCAGAGAUUGGACCAAGACCAGAGACUGGACCAGACCAAGACCAGUGAGUGGAACAGAGACUGA